AUGUCUGAUCCAGUCGCGGGCCGAGAAAGGGCCCGCAAGUUGGUCGAGGGGAUCUCUAAGAGGCAUGGAUAUCUCGGGGAAGAUGUUCUCAGCCAGAUGUCGGACGAGGUCCGUCGUCAAGUUGAGGAAGCGAUGCUAAGGAAAGAUGAAAUGAUAGGGUCUUCUGUGGUGACGCUGUCCAAGAACCUCUACAAUAGCAGCGCGCGCUUCGUUUUCGAGUUGGUACAAAACGCCGAUGAUAAUCACUACACGACGGCCAGGGAGCGCGCGACUGUUCCCUCGCUGGCAUUUCACGUCUAUCCGCGUCGUAUUGUCGUAGAUUGCAAUGAGGAUGGCUUUACUCAUGAGAACAUUGUGGCAAUCUGCAAUGUCGGGAAGAGCUCCAAGACAGGUGCACAAGGUUACAUAGGUGAGAAGGGCAUUGGCUUCAAGUCAGUCUUCAUGGUCGCCUGGAAAGUACAUAUCCAGUCUGGCGACUUCUCUUUCUCAUUCCGCCAUAAGCCAGGUGGCUCAGGCAUGGGGAUGAUCUCGCCAAUUUGGGAGGAUGUUGAGGAACAGCUGCAGAGGCCGAUGACCCGUAUGACUCUCUAUCUCCAUGAGGAUACAGCUCCGCGUGAAACCGCUAUGCAACAAUUUCGCGAGCUACAGGACACCCUGCUAUUGUUUACAAAAAACUUGCAGCGGCUAGGGGUGUUCAUGUACGAUGACGACGAAAAGCAAUUGUCAUCAACGGUGUUUGCCAUUAGCAGCCAGAAUGAGAAUCUCAAGGUGCUGACCAAAACACUACUCGCCCCAGAUGGAACAUCGGAGGAACUCACGCGCAACUACCACUUGACCAAAUACGUCGCGCAUGACCUUCCUGGGAGUGAGAAUCGAACUUAUACUGAUAAGGAACGGGAGACCCGGGCAUAUAGUAGAGCCGACAUCAUACUUGCAUUUCCUGUGACCAAGAAUUCUGUACCGGUCAUUGAACCACAAGAUGUUUUUGCCUUCCUUCCUAUUCGCAAUAUGGGCUUUACUGUGGGUUUUUCGUCGUGCAAGACUCUUCAAGAUAUCGUCCGGUCGUCGGCACGAAAUCGCAAGCUACGGACUGAAAUUUCCAUCGCUUUUGGUACAGCGGUGUUAGAGAUGCGCAAGCAUCCUACACUACGAUAUAGAUGGAUGCGCUACCUUCCUAAACGCGACGGUCAUCACUGGGAUCCGUUUUGGGUGGGGCUGUUGGGUGAGAUAAAGUCGCGGUUGAUAUCGCUUCCGAUUUUACAAAGCCGUACGAGUGGAUCUUGGUUUCCCAUCGAGCAGAUGGAGCGUCUAUGGGAACAUUGGUUUGAUAAGUCAGGAGAUCCUCUCUUCCCAGAUUUGCCCCGGGAGCAAUACCUUUCUGUUCAUUACUUGGAGAAGGACAUUACGCGGCUCAUGGAGUAUGGCCUAACAUUCAUGGCAAUGCCUGGAAUGAUCGCACGGGCUAACAUGGACCUUGAAUUUCCCCAUUCCAAAAUGAAGAACAAGGAAACCAGCGAAGACUGGCAUUCUCGCGCUGCGACAGCCCUCAGCCACUCCUUUCGUUUGGGCUACGAUAACUGUAUUGAGGAGGUCAAAGCUAUGCCCUUGAUUCCUCUGAAAACAGGUCAAUGGGUGUCUAUCAAGUCAGGGGCUGUCUAUUUUCCUUCCAUUCAUGGAAUCGAUAUCCCCAGCGACCUUGGAGUUGGCCUUGUAACUUCGGGGGCUAUAAAUAACCCACAGCGUAAACAGCUGUUCAAGGAUAUAGGGGUUCAGGAGGCAUCUGUCGACUUCGUUCGGAAGCUGAUCAAGGAUAAUUAUUCGGCAUAUGGCAUAUUUUUUAUUCCCGUGUCGAGGGAGCAUCUAACAUUUUUGUAUCUUACCGAAUGCCUGGCUUCUUCUAGCUCGACCGCUCUCUUCGUGCAUUUGUUCAACGGUAAGGGCCUGGCGUUUUCCGAUCAUAAGUACCAGAUAAGACAGCCAAAGAUUCAUACGGUGUAUUUCCCCAAUGAGGAUCCAUAUGGUGCAAAGGCACUUCUCGAACCCAUUCAAGGCGGAGCUCCCGGGUUAGACGUCUCGUUCAUUAACGAGGACUAUUUACGUGACCCUCCAUCGUGUCCCCCUAAGGAGCAGCGAAAAUGGAUUGAGUGGUUACAACAGGUAUUUCAUGUCCGGGGUACCCUCUCACUCAUUGAUCUAAGGCAUUCCCCGUUCAGAGCCAGACUGGGGCAAGAAUGUCUUUAUGUCGCACAACACCGACCGGAGAAAUUCAUGGGUCUGCUUUUGACAUGCUGGGCGGUUGACGGGUCUAAGAUCAUUCAGCAACCAGAACUUGUGACUGAGAUUCGAAGAAUCAAGGUACUCUGCGAGGGUGGCGAGAGAAUCAUUUUGGCUGGUACCUACGUUUCUUCCCCGGCACGGAGGGCGACGGUUUCGAGAUUCCUGAAGGACGGGGAAUUCUUCCCGUGGUUGCAAUUGGAACAGCCUAUGGAUGAAGGCACCCUUGGACAGCAAUGGACUGCGUUAAUGAAGGCUCUUGACUUUGGCCACCCCGAAUCCCAGACUCACUUCUAUCUUGGCAUACAGGAUUAUCUGCAUUGUGCUCUGUCUGCUGGGGCCUCUGACGUUAGCAGGAUGUUUGACCUCUAUGUCAAAAUCCAGAUGGAGUGUCAUGCCAAUCCUUCCGCUGCAGAUGCAGUUAGGUAUGCUCUGGCCAUCCAGGCAAUUAUUGGAAAUCCACUGAUAAAGAUUAGGCACGGCAUGUAUGACCGUAGUGGGUAUAUAUGGAUUCCGCCGCAUACCUGUGCACAUCUAGGUGAAUGUCUUUGGGAGGCACCUCGCCAUAUGACGAGCAAGUACCCCCUCAAGUCACUGUUUACAGAGUACUGUCGGCAGAACCAGGCAGAUGCUGUGUAUCUCAGAGACUUCUUUCAAAAGACGCUGAGAAUCCCCGAUGUCAGAGCGGAUGAUCUCUUGAUCGAGUUGACGAAGCUGCAGUCUGCCAAAUGUAGCGAAUUUGACCAAAUCAGCUCAAUAUAUGUAAAUCUGUAUCGAAUGUUCAAACGGAUGUCUUCAAGAACAGUGAUGUCUUACCGCAAACGGUUUGUCGAAGAUCCUCUCAUCUAUGUGGCCCCCAAUUGGUAUACCACUCCAGAGUGCCUUUGGUCAACAGCUACCUCUAUUCCAGGUCGCACUGCACUCAAUGACCAUUACCAGGACUUGAAGGAUUUCUUUGUCGAUUGCCUGGGUGUUCAGACCCUGACCUUGCAAAUGGUCGUAGAAAAACUCCGAAACCAGGGUCGGGUGGGCUCUUCUUCCGUGGACGAAGUCAAAAGCACGAUUUGGACAUUGAAUUCUCUCCUGCAGACAGAACAGACGGACAUUGUACCUCCUGAGCAGGUUCUGGACUGCGCAGUAUUUCCCGUUCGAUUCCCUCAGGGUGGCGUGCAGCUUCAGACUUCUGCGAGUGCGUUUGCAAUUGCAGAUCGCAAGCACCUCUUCAGUCACUUUAGUUUCAAGGCCAAACUGCUGGAUUAUGAGGUGGAUGAAGUCCCACGCCUUGAGCAAUUUCUCCAGUGGACUGGGUUAAAAGGCCGCUAUUUAUCAUCCUGUGUAAAAGAGAUUACAAUGGUGGGAGGAGAUGAUGCUCGACCUUUAUCUAAUCCUGGCCGUGACAUUUGUCGAAAGGCACAUGGACUCCUUCGCGUUGCGGUUCAUCUUAAGAGUCCCCGAGCAGUUCAGGAUGAAGACACCUUCUAUGAAAUCCUCAAAUCAAUCAGCAUGAAAGAAACUAACGGGAUCUCAUCUGAGCUUCACCUCAACCAGGACGGCAUGGACUUCAAGGUAGAGGUUUCAAGGAGUGAACUGCACCUCGAUGAACGAGACAAGCAACUCACUGUGUACAUUCCGGAAGACAAACGCAGUCAAGAUAUUUGUUUUCUGGGACGCAUUCCACUGGCACUGCUGCAAUGGAUGAUGACCGAUCCAUUAACGCAGAUCACUCACGAGUUCAGCGACAACUUUGUCACUAUAAUACAAACCCUUCUGCAAGCAGAGAAGAAUUAUGUCUCAGAACUUAUGGACCGCGCUGGUAUUAUGUCCAUCGCGAGGGCGGACGACACAGUUGUUACGGAAGAGAGUGAAAGUCAGCAACCGCAAGAGAAUGAAAAUCAGCAAUCGCACAGUGAUCGAUCAUCACCUGCCAGUCGUAGUAGCUCACUCGUUGAACAGCCUACCCCUGAGCGAGAUGAGCCGACAUAUACGCCACCUCGACCGAGACAGGGCUCUUGGGCGUCAGAAACUACCGUUGUCUCACACUCGAUGCGGGCCCUCCCUGUAGCUCGCCCAUCUCCAGUCCUCUUGCAGGAUUAUACAGAAACGACAGUCGACCCCGAAUACCACCAUUUGCUAUCGUCUGUGCUUGCGUCUGCCAGAAAUGCCAUAUUCCCCAGCCAAGGCACCUUCGACAUGGCGGGUUUGGAUGACUCAAUCACAUCAGGCGCAGCCGCUCAGACCAUCCGGCUGCGAACCUCCGACCAGCUUGAGCGUGACUUCAAGAUCGGCGCAGCGGGAGAGCUCUUCGUAUUCGAACUCCUCUCACGACUAGAGCCACCUCUACCCGCUUUCACCCGUGACAACUGGCAAAGUGUGAUCCGCAAAUUCGUCACAAUUCUCCCCGAGUACUCGGACAUGACAGCAUGGCAUGGCCGCAAGACAGCAGACAUCACCUACGACGACCACGACGGAGUCCUCACCUCCCUUUUUAUAGACAAGGGAUAUCUACAGGACGAUGUCUGGAGGGGAAAGACACCUCGGUUCUACAUGGAAGUCAAGUCCUCUACUGCGGACAACCGAACGCCCUUCUUCAUGAGCAAGUACCAGUACCGACGGAUGCAAGAAAUGUCCAACGGCGAGACCCAGUCUGAUAACAUGGACACGAUAUACGUAAUCUUCCGAGUAUAUAAUCUAGGGCAGCGGGGCAUGAGGGUGAAAAUAUAUGUGGAUCCGGAAAUGAUGCGCUUGAGGGAGGAGUUGCUGUUUACUGCUGAGGGGUGGUCGGUUGUUCCGGCUUGA